AUGACAAGACAGACAUCUUUGUUUUUGUCGGCGACGUUGCUGAUAUGCCUCGUGUUGAUAUCGACUACAAAUGCAUUUAUACAUCAUUUGAAUAUUAAGGACGAUAUACGUCAGGUGUUCCUGAUCGAGAGCUUUGGUCUGGGAAAGAAUGGUGUGAUGAAGUGUUCAGUGGCCAAUUGGAAGCUCAAUGGACAGCCAAUAGACUCUUCAAUGUCCAAUGGAACAGGAUUCUUCAUCAAGGUCACUGACACUGAUGCCAGCGCAUUGGUCGACGAAAUCAUCCUUCAGAAGGACUGUGUACAUUUCUUUGAGAACCAGAGUUUCUUCUUCACGUACAAGAGCGGCGACACAACCAAUUUUGACUUGACAGUUGACGCACCAGGCUUCAAAGAGGGAUUCUAUAACCUUCACUUUAUCAAUUGUAAUCAUGGUGAUAAAGUCUCUUUCGAUCUUUCAUUGGAGCAAUACAACGUCGAGUCUAACGGACAAAAGAGUUAUCUGUCGAUUGGUGACACUCCUUUGCCAACUCUAUACGGAGUGUUCUCUGCUGUCUUCUUUGGAUUGUUGCUACUCUGGGUCUUCUUCUUCCUAAAGGGAGAGGGCAAGCGUGUCAACAAGAUACAUCACCUCUGCACUGCCUACCUUUUGAUUCAGUCAAUCUCACUAUUGUUCGAGGCUAUUGAGAAGCACUACAUCAAGACCACUGGCAGCGCUCAUGGUUGGAAUGUUGCAUAUUACAUCUUUGCAUGCCUUCAAGGAUCAUUCUUUAUUGUUUUGAUUGCACUUAUUGGUUCAGGAUGGGCAUUCAUCAAGCCAUACCUGUCCGACAAGGACAAGACUAUAUUCAUGGUGGUCAUUCCUUUGCAGAUUCUCGACAACAUUGCAUUGGUCAUGGUCGAUGAGGAGGCACCAGGUUCCGUCGGUUCGAUUGGAUGGAAGCACAUCUUCACAGUUGUCGAUAUCAUCUGUUGCAUUGCCAUCUUGAUCCCAAUCAUUUGGUCAAUCAAACAUCUAAAGGAUGCUUCGCAGGUUGAUGACAAAGCUGCCCAGAACCUUCAGAAGCUCACUCUAUUCAGACAGUUCUAUUUAUUUGUAAUCUCUUAUAUUUACUUCACUAGAAUCAUCAUCACUCUGCUGCGAUCGACACUUCCAUUCAAGUGGGUAUGGUUGGGCGACUGCUUCCAGCUUAUUGCCGCACUCAUCUUUUACUCCACUACUGGAUAUCAGUUUAGACCAUCUUUGGACAACCCAUACUUCCAUCUGCCACAGAAUGAGGAUGGUGUACAAAUGUCAGAGAGAGGUGUAAACACUGAUAGAGACGACGAUUGA